AUGACUAGCUUCAAGGGUGCCAUCCUCCUCUGGACAGUGGCAGCAUGGGCUAAGAUGGACAAGCCUCAGGGAGAGGCAGAUGAGGCUGGAUUUCAAAAAUGCAAGAAGGCCUUAAAUCUACCUAUUUUGGAAGUCUUACCUGGAGGCGGCUGGGAUAAUUUACGGAAUGUGGACUUGGGACGGGUGUUGGACUUGACUUAUACCGACUGCAGGACCACGGAGGAUGGCGAGUACAUCAUCCCUGAUGAAAUCUUCACCAUUCCCCAGAAACAGAGCAACCUGGAGAUGAACUCAGAAAUCAUGGAUUCCUGGGUGAAUUACCAGAGUAGCACCUCCUUCUCCAUCAACACGGAGCUCUCCCUUUUUUCCAAAGUCAACGGCAAGUUCUCCGCAGAGUUCCAGAGGAUGAAGACUCUUCAGGUGAAGGACCAAGCUGUAACCACCCAUGUCCAGGUAAGAAACCUGAUCUACACAGUCAAAAUCAACCCAGUUUCAGAACUAAACUUGGCGUUUAAGAAAUUGCUCCUGGACAUCUCUGACCGUCUGGAGAACAACCAGACACGAAUGGCCACCUACUUGGCAGAGCUCCUGGUCCUCAACUAUGGCACCCAUGUCAUCACCAGUGUGGAUGCUGGGGCUGCUCUCAUUCAGGAAGACCACAUCAGAUCCUCCUUCCUCCAGGACAGCCAGAGCAGCCGUAGUGCUGUGACCGCCUCUGCCGGAGCUGUCUUCCGAAACAUUGUGAACUUCAAAUUUGAGGAGAACUAUACCUCACAGAAUGCCUUCAUCAAAGGCUACCUCUCAAACCGCACCCACUCCAGGGUGCAGAGCAUUGGAGGGGUUCCAUUUUACCCAGGCAUCACCCUCCAGACCUGGCAGCAGGGCAUCACCAAUCACCUGGUGGCCAUAGACCGUGCUGGCCUGCCUCUGAAUUUCUUCAUCAACCCUGACAUGCUGCCUGACUUGCCAGGGCCAUUGGUGAAGAAGUUGUCUAAGACGGUGGAAUCUGCUGUGAGGCACUACUACACCUUCAACACCUAUCCUGGAUGCACAGAUAUCAACUCACCCAACUUCAAUUUUCACGCCAACACUGAUGAUGGCUCUUGUGAAGGGAAAAUGACCAACUUUUCCUUUGGUGGGGUUUAUCAGGAAUGCACUCAGCUGUCAGGACAUGGGGCUGUCCAAGUCUGCCAACACUUGGAGCAGAAGAAUCCACUCACUGGUGACUUUUCCUGCCCCUCUGGCUACUCCCCAAUCCACCUGCUGACCCAGAUCUACGAGGAGGGCUACAAUGACUUGGAGUGUGUCCGGAAGUGCACCCUCUGGGUCUUCUGCAAGACGGUGUGUGAAGAUGUGUUCCGAGUGGCAAAGGCCGAAUUUAGGGCUUUUUGGUGUGUGGCUAGUGGUGAAGUGCCAGAAAACUCAGGACUACUUUUUGGGGGCCUCUUCAGUGCUAAGAGCAUUAACCCUCUGACAAAUGCACAGUCAUGCCCAGCUGGCUAUUUUCCACUAAGACUCUUUGAAAGCCUCAAGGUAUGUGCCUCUCAGGACUAUGAGUUGGGAUAUAAGUUUUCGGUCCCCUUUGGUGGGUUCUUCAGCUGUGCAGUUGGGAACCCCUUGGUGGAUUCUGCCAUAUCCAGAGACAUAGGGGCACCUGCUCUGAAAAAAUGUCCCGGGAGCUUUAGCCAACAUCUAGCCCUCAUCAGUGAUGGGUGCCAAGUAUCCUACUGUGUCAAGUCUGGGAUCUUUACAGGAGGGUCUCUGCCCCCUGCCAGGCUCCCACCUUAUACCCGGCCACCCCUUAUGAGUCAGGCUGCCACUAACACUGUCGUAGUGACUAAUACUGAGACUUCAAGCUCCUGGAUUAAAGACCCCCAGACCAACCAGUGGAGGUUGGGAGAGCCGUUAGAGCUUCGCAGGGCCAUGAAAGUCAUCCAUGGGAAUGGUAGUGGUCUGUCGGGGGGAGCAGCUGCUGGGGUUACAGUGGGGGUCACCACCGUCCUGGCAGUUAUCAUUGCCUUGGUGAUCUAUCGCAUUCGGAAAUACAAGAAGAGGGGAUACCAGGCAAUUGAGGACGAGAGGCAGAGUUUGGCUCCUGGCACUGCAGGGACGGAAGACACUUCAGACCAAGAGCAGGAGCAGUGUCCAGCCUAA